CAGGAAGAACCACGAAGAACAAACCGUUCGUUACGGACAUUUCUCUCACGCACGCUCACACGCACGCGCUCCCUGCAGAACCAUGUCCUCCUCCGGGACACGCACGGAUCUCGGCCGGGCUCUGUGCAUCAUCACCGGCGCCUCCAGGGGCUUCGGCCGGGUCGUGGCGAGGCACAUGUCGGGGCUGCUGAAGCCGGGAUCCGCGCUCGUCCUGGCGGCUCGAUCCGGGGACGAGCUGCGGGCUGCGGCCGCGGAGGUGACCGGGGCGGCUGCAGGGGGAGGCGGCCUCCUGGUGCUCUGUGUCCCGGUGGAUCUGUCCCACAGCGACGGGGUGACGGAGCUGCUGGCCGCGGUGAAGACAUCUUAUACUGACGACAUGGAUCACGUGCUGCUGGUUAAUAACGCAGGCUCUCUAGGUGAUAUCUCCCGUUACAUGACAAGCUUCACCAACAUGGCGGAGGUGGACUCCUACCUGUCCUUCAACGUCAGCUCCUCCCUGUGCCUCACGGCCAGCGUCCUGGAGGCGAUCCCCCGGCGUCCGGGUCUGAGGCGCACCGUGGUCAACGUCACGUCGCUGUGCGCCCUGAAGCCGCACUGCUCCUGGGUGCUGUACUGCACCGGCAAGGCGGCUCGGGAGAUGAUGUUCAGGGUGCUGGCCGAGGAGGAGCCGGAUGUCCGGGUGCUCAGUUACUCUCCAGGACCUCUGGACACUGACAUGUUCACGUUGGCCAGAUCCCGAACAGCUGAUCCCGACCUCAGGAAGUCUCUCUCAGACAUGUUCGCUCAGGGUCAGGUGCUCACCUGCGACGAGUCCUGCACCAAAAUGAUGAAGGUGCUGCUGGAGGACCAAUACGUCUCUGGAUCGCACGUCGACAUCUACGAAGUCUAGACCCGGCAGCUGACCUCCCACGAUAUCAUGUGCCUUGGUAUCACCUGUGACGUUGAAGCACCAGUCUGUCACAGUUCAGAGAAGUUCAUUCUUCAUCCUGAUGUUUCCAGUCGUGUUGAAUCACCUGAGACUC